GCAAAUACAAAGAUCGCCCCCGCUCGUCCGGCAGAGGAAGAUACCGAGUCUCAUCACUGCGAGGUUGAGGUUCGCAGUCGCAUAAAAGAACAUGCACCGCGUCCACGCUCUUUUGCGUCAUGUCCGCGGCGGCGCAUCAGUGGCCGCGUCGCCCGCCGCCGCGGCCCAACCCGCCAGAACCGCAGCGAGUAGUAGCUCGUCGUCGUCCUCCAGCAGCGCGGUGCGCAGCUACAACUUGGAUGUGGGCCCUGGUAAGGUUCUGAUCGCAAAUCGCGGCGAGAUUGCAAUUCGCAUCGCUCGGGGGGCCAAGGAGGUCGGACUGAAAUCAGUGGCAGUGUACGCACCGCAGGACAAGGAUUCACCACACAUUCGGUACGCAGACGAGGCCGUGGAGCUGCCACUUCCGGCGGACGGGAACAAAAACCCCGUGGCGCCCUACCUCAACAUUCCCGGGCUGCUGGACGUCCUCGGGGAAAAGAACUGCGACUACGUGCACCCAGGCUACGGAUUCCUUUCCGAGUCCGCGGAUUUCGCCGAGGGCGUGGAGUCGGACACGCUGAAAAAAACCUGGGUAGGCCCGAGAGCAGAAGUGCUACGGCUUUUUGGGGACAAGGUGGCGGCGCGGACGCUGGCGAUCAACCACGAGGUUCCGGUGGUUGGGGGCAGUCCGAAUCUGGAAUCCGGCGAGGCGUGCGAGCAGUGGGUGACGGAGCAACUGGCGAAGCAGAAAAGCACGUUUCAGUUGCCGGCCAUCCUGAAAGCGGCCUACGGCGGCGGGGGCCGCGGAAUGCGCAUUGUGCGCGAGAUGAAGGAAAUGAAGUCGAAUUUUGAGACCUGCCAGCGCGAGGCUCUCACGGCGUUCGGGCGGGGGGAGGUCUUUAUCGAAGAGUUCUGGGACAAGACGAAACAUUUAGAGGUGCAAAUUCUGGCAGACGGGCGCGGCAACGUGGUGCACCUGUUUGAGCGGGACUGCACGGUGCAGCACAGGCAUCAGAAAAUGGUGGAGAUGGCACCCGCGCGCGACAUCCACCCCGAGCUGCGGGAGAAGCUGACCGCGUGCGCGAAAAAGUUGGCGCUGCAGUCUGGAUACCGGGGUGCGGGUACGGUGGAAUUCCUGGUUCGCGGAUCGCUGACGGACCCAAACGCGCGAUUUGUCUUCAUGGAGAUGAAUCCGCGUGUGCAAGUGGAGCACACGAUUACGGAAGAAGCGACGGGGGUGGACAUUGUGCAGACCCAACUGCUGAUGGCCAGCGGCAUCUCCUUGCCCGAGCUGGGGCUCGAGCAGGACAAGCUGCACGUAGAGCGUUACGCGUUGCAGGGGCGCGUGACGAUGAUGCCGGGAGGCAGUGAAACCAUUACUGAAUACCAGGAGCCCACGGGACCGGGCGUUCGCGUCGAUUCCGCUGGCUUUUUCGCGGGCUUGAAACCCAAUCAGAUGUACGACCCUCUCGUCGGGAAGCUCAUCUGCACGGCUCCGGAUUUUUCCCAAGCCGUGGACAAAACGCUGGAUGCCCUGCAGUCCUUCAAAAUCGGGGGGUUGAACAGUAAUUUGGCCGCUCUGCAGCGCAUUCUCAAGCAUCCGGAGUUUCUCGACAACUCCAUGUGUACCGACCUGCUAGCGGAAAAUCCGGAAUUGCUAGAUCUUCCGAAAGCGGGUGGUGCGAAAAAGGCUGCAACAAAAGCUGUAUCCGCGCCUCCAGAAAAGCGGUAACUUGGAAUCUUUAUUCGACGGCUGUGCAUUGAUUUUCUCUAGAUGUAGAUGAGGAAGCCCCCGAUGUUUGUUCUCAUAGACAAGUGCAUCAUUAUUGCCCGAGGUCUUCGAUUCACUCUCUGAUGCAGGUACAGUGACAAGCUCGUGCAAGAAAAAAUCACAACACCGAUGACGGGCAACAUUUUGGAAAUUAAGAAGAACGUGGGAGACAGUGUCGAGGUGGGGGACACCAUACUGGUGAUGAGCGCCAUGAAGCUCGAGACGGAUAUCGUGUCGAACCUGCGCGGCAAGAUUGUUGCAUUGAACUGCGAGUCCGGUGACCAGGUCAGCACAGACCACGUCCUUGCCAUCGUCGAGGGUUACGAGGAAUUGGCAGACGGUACGCGGGAAGAUUCUUGACAACAAUUACCGACAUAAAGCGGCCUGCAAGGCUCCUCCUUUCUGACACUGGCAGUGAAGAUUUCAAUUUGAAGAGCCCUACGUAUUUCAGUUGUAUCUAUGCAGUCUAGAAGACUUCAGUCGUGUAAAUGCAGCGUUGUAGGUGCAGCCAGGUUACCUGUGCCUCAUGCGCUCUCUUGUAGCGAUAGAGUUGUGUCAAGGAAUCUACUUUUGCGUUUCAUAGCUGAGAGCGAAGCAGAAACCGGCUCCGUAGGCAAGAGGCGCGCCGCUGCCGGACAGGGUUUGGUGAGCACGGACAGCGAUAAGGAAAGCGCGGCCGCAGCGUGGGGCGACGGUGCGUAUGCUUUUCCGGACGAAACGACUCUGCCGAAACUGCGGUCCGCGACGAAGUUGGAGGACGAAAAGGCGCGGCAGCGCAAGGGGCGCAACACAGAUUUGAAACUUGACUUGCAAGAUCGACUCACGCACGUUCGCGCCGGGGGCGGCGCCAAAGCGGUGGCGUUGCACCGGGAGCGCGGCAAGUUGCUGCCCCGGGAAAGGAUUGAAGCGGUACUGGAUCCGGGUACGGAGUUUCUGGAGCUGUCGGCGUUGGCAGGUGGCGAAGCGCUGUAUAACGACGUGGACGGGGACCUGCCGAGUGGGAGCAUGGUCACCGGGGUAGGUCUGGUCUGUGGGCGGGAGGUCAUGUUUGUUGCCAAUGACGCGACCGUGAAGGGGGGGACCUACUUUCCGAUCACCGUCAAGAAGCACCUGAGAGCGCAACAGAUCGCGCAAGAAAACCGUCUGCCUUGUGUGUACCUGGUGGACAGUGGAGGCGCGUUCCUGCCGAAGCAAGCCGACGUCUUUCCGGACCGCGAACACUUCGGCAGGAUCUUUUUCAACCAGGUAUCAAUCCACGACGAGAACUUUUUCCUUUUUGUUUGUUUUCCUGCGCCUGGUCUUUGACGCUGCUUAUCCUUUAUCGUUAUUUUUUUGUUGUUGUGUGAACGAAAAGUGAAAGUCAUCAAGUUCCGUGACAGGCACGCAUGAGCCAGAUGGGUAUUCCGCAGAUUUCGGCAGUGCUCGGAAGUUGUACUGCUGGCGGAGCCUACGUGCCGUCCAUGUCGGACGAGAGCGUGAUUGUGAAGGGAAAUGGCACCAUUUUCCUCGCGGGGCCGCCACUGGUGAAGGCCGCGCUCGGAGAAGUGGUUAGUGCCGAGGAUCUCGGGGGUGCGGAAGUGCACACUUCUAAGUCCGGCGUCGCGGAUCACAUGGCGCUCGACGAGCCCGCGGCGUUGCAGAAGAUUCGGGAUAUAAUCGGCGCGCUGCCGCCCGAUGACAAAGUGCCGCACCGGAAUAUUGGCGGAAUCGUCGUACUGACUUAGUUUUUCGGGUUUUUUUUUCUCGUUGUGCUGGCUUUGUGGGUCUAGGAAUGCAGAAGUGGCGUUUCGUGUUUGUAUGUAGUGCACAACUGAUGAAACAGUAAGAGUAACAGAGUGCACUACCCUUGUGCCCUGUUUUCCUCCUCGCUCUUGAGGAAGAGUACGUAUACGAAUAAAACGAUUGCUGAGGCUGCCUUCAUCUCAACUACAUCACGACAGGAGCCGCGAUACCCCAUGGAGGAUUUGUUGUCGAUUAUCCCGGAGGACAACCGCAUCCCGUUCGAUGUCCGUGAAGUGCUGGCUCGGGUGCUGGACGGCAGCGAGUUUCACGAGUUCAAAACGAACUUCGGGCCCUCCCUGGUCACUGGGUUCGGGCGGAUCUUUGGGAUGCCCGUCGGGGUGGUGGCGAACAACGGGAUCCUUUUCUCGGAGUCCGCCCUGAAGGCGACGCACUUCAUCCAGCUCUGCGGGCAGCGGAAGGUGCCCCUGCUGUUUCUGCAAAACAUCACGGGCUUCAUGGUGGGACAGAAGCUGGAAAACGAGGGCAUUGCGAAGAACGGGGCCAAGAUGGUCACGGCGGUGAGUUGCGUGGAUGUGCCGAAAAUCACGCUGCUGUUCGGCGGGUCCCACGGUGCGGGGAACUACGGGAUGUGUGGCCGGGCCUACGAUCCGCGGUUUCUGUUUUCCUGGCCAAACUCGCGCAUUUCCGUCAUGGGCGGCCCCCAGGCGGCCUCCGUGCUUUCCACCGUGCGCAACGAGCAGCUGACCAAGAAAGGGGGCUCCGCAGCGGCCAUGUCGGACGCCGAAAAGGAAGAGUUCGAAAAACCCAUUUUGGACAAGUACGAAGAGGAGGGCAGUCCCUAUUUUGCCACCGCGCGGCUCUGGGACGACGGGGUCAUCCAGGUGGAGGAUACCCGGAAAGUGCUGGGGCAGGCGCUUCGGAUCGUCUCGAGAACGCUUCCUGCGCAAGAAGACGCGUCGCAUCCCGUUGCCGGAAGAUACGGCAUCUUCCGGACGUAGGUUUUGAAUUAUCCACUGAUCAGCCGCCUCCGUCCGGAUGCAGAAGUUUUGUGUACUAUGAAGAAGGAGGGUCGCCCACACCUCCGUGAAUUGUCACGCCGUACUUACUAAAGGACCCCAAACUCCUCUGCACUGCUAUCAUAUCACUGGAUCGCCGUAGAAGGAUCGUGCAAGGAACAGGAUCAGCAUCAGUUUUUGAAUAGUAAGUUAUGUUCUUGCCCUACGAGAAGUCCGUUCUGAGUUUGUAUUUGUAUCCCUAGAAGGUGGCAAGAAGAAUGCCUAUGCCGCGGGUGAUUUGCCAGGAUAUUUUGCUGCUGGCGCCUUGCGCGCCGUCUUGUGUAACCAAAGAUAAGCACGCAAUAAAAAUGAAUACCACCACCUUAUGGUUGGAAAGUUAUGAAAAAAUGAACGAGUACAAGAACGUGAAGGACAGGACACUAAGAACCUCCUGCAAGAACCAACGAUAAGGACAAUAAACACGAAAGACUUACUGAUCAGCAGAUGAUGAAGACCACCUCGUAGGAACGUGAUA